AUGAUCACAAUAACAGUACACAACAAAAUAUUUUCAUUGUUUUCAAUAAUCAUUCUCUGUGGAGCAAUCGUACAAGAUGUAUACAGCUGGGGUCUCAUUGGACACGGUCUUGUUGCUCGUCUAGCUCAAAGCCAAUUAACUGAUGAAGCGUCUCAUUGGGUUAAAUCUCUUGUUCCUUGGUAUUUAUCAGGUAAUUUGACUGCUGUAGCAGUAUGGGCUGACGAUAUUCUUUAUCCGGAUACAAAUCCGUUUGGUCAUCCAAACUGGCAAUGGAGCCGACCACUACACUACAUCAAUACACCAUCUGGUAUUUGUAACUAUGAUUCAUCGAGAGAUUGUAUCAAUGAUAUUUGCAUUGAGGGUGCAUUAAGAAAUUAUUCGAAACGUGUCAUCGAUGCCAAGCUCGACGAUGUCCAACAUCAAGAAGCACUCAUGUUUCUUGUCCACUAUGUUGGUGAUGUUCAUCAGCCGUUACAUGUCGGUUUCGCAGCAGACCUCGGAGGCAAUAGUGUCAGAGGCUACUUUAUGAAUGAAACAUUGCCAACAAAUCUUCAUUCAUUAUGGGAUACUGGCCUGAUCAGGAUACGAUUGUCGCGUCAUUUCGAAUCGGAUAUCACUAGCUAUUACGAGUAUAUUCACGCGCUUAUGCUUAGUCAAACAUCGACCGGUAGCGAUGACAAUUUCAACCAAUGGGUUCAUGAAAGUUCCAAAGUGGUUUGCCAACAAGUCUAUUUGGACGAAGCUAAUAUGACUAUAGAUGCAUCGGUCAAUUUCACAUUGGGCGAUAUCUACUACGAAAGAAAUAUCGGAAUAAUUGAACAACGUCUUGCGCAAGGAGGUCGACGACUGAGUGUUUUGCUCAAUCGCUUAGCCGCCAAUCGUAUAACGGUACCAUCAAGAUGUGGAAAAUUGUGUUCGAACAUGUUCGUGUUGAUUUUAUUAAUUUAUAUUAUGUUUAAAUCGUUAUUGACAUAG